AUCUAACUUAUUUAUCUAUAGCUGUAGAUCAGUGAGUUCGUGUCAUAACAAACCUGUCUUUAACAAUCAAUUUAUAUAAACUACAAAUAAUAUUAAAAAUUUACGAGUUUAAAAUGGAUUUGAUAAAAAAAUCAAUAAAUACGAAAGUUAUUGAAAAGUGUCAAAUAUCAAAAGAAACACUCAAAGAACGUUUUAGCUGCCUGUUUAAUAAUGAAAAGCUAUCCGAUAUUCAUUUAUUUGUGGGAAAAGAUAAACACUAUCGAAUACCUGCCCAUAAACUUGUUUUAGCAGCUUCAAGUGAUGUUUUUGAAGAAAUUUUUUUUGGUUCCUCAGCAACAAACUCUAAAGAAAUAGAAUUUCCUGAUGUUGAACCACAAGCAUUUUUGGCCUUUCUAGAAUUUAUUUAUUCCGAAGAAGCAAAAAUUGAUUAUGAAACUGUUAUGUCUGUAAUAUCCGUAGCAAAUAAAUACAACGUGCCAGCUUUAAAAAAAUAUUGUGUGAAUUUUGUAAAACAGAAUUUAGAUUGUGAUCAUGCUGUUUUAUUGUUAAAACAAGCUAGGUUCUGUGAUGAACCACAAUUAGCAGCUGUAUGUUUAGAUUUUAUUGAUAAAAAUGCAACAAUUAUAUUAGCUUCAGACGAUUUUAUUGAAAUUGAUUUAGAUAUUUUAAUUACUAUAUUAGAACGUGACACUUUACAAAUCAAUGAAUCAAAAUUGUAUCAAGCUGUUUUACGAUGGACGGAAGCAGAGUGUAAAAGAAAACAUUUGCCUUCAACACCGGAAAAUCAACGAUUUGUUUUGUAUCGAGCAUUCACGUUAAUACGUUUUCCAUUGAUGGCAAUUGAAGAAUUUGGAGUUGGACCAGUACAAAGUGGAUUGUUGACUGAUCGUGAAGUUAGACAAUUAAUUUUAUAUUUUACAGUCAAUCCAAAACCAUCUGUUGAAUUUUCAGAUGUUCCUAGAGUUGGAGAAUGUGUAAAUGAAGUACCAUCGGUACGGUGGAUUCCAGCCAGGAAUGGUCAAGUUCCCCCUAAUGCAGUCCAAGGAGGAUACGAUCAAGGAAGACCCUUAUAUGUAGCUCGGGCAUUUCAUGACGAUAUAGCUUUUAUUCCUGGAAAACUUCUUCCCGAAUAUGGAUUAACUUAUAUUGCAUGGAGAGGUUCUGAACAUAGUAAAGAUGAAUACGAAGUGCUUUGUGGUUGUAAUUUCUCGUGGGUGCCAGCAUCUGGUGGCCGAGUACCUGAAGGAGCGCUUCCAGGAGGACACACAGAAUACGGAGAACCUUUAUUCAUUGGACGUGUUGCAUUUCCCGAUAGAUGUCUCACCAUUGGCAGAAUACACAGGAGCCGUGGUUUACUUUAUAUAUCAUUUGGUGGUAGAGAAACAGGUUUUCCUGAUUAUGAAGUACUUGUUGUACAAUAAAUAUCUCUAUAGGUAUUUUGUUUUUAUAAGGUCUAAAAUUUUGCGUUUUUCGAUUCGGUUUGUCCGUUAAACAGAACUUGUAUUGAAAAAGACCU